UCCAAGUGGUAGACCUGCCUCGGAGCUCUGCCCAAUGAGAUCCGUCAGGGGAGGCACCCGGCUCACUUUUCCACAUCACUUCACAGUUACAUUUGGCAGGCAGGCGGACUCGCAUGCCGGAGCGCUCGGCCCAGAAUUAGUGGAUGGCUUUCGAAUCUCCCUGCCUCUUAGAAGCUCCGCCGCCGCCGCUUUGGGCAUAGACCAGAGCGUCAACACACCAGCUGUACUUUCGGGCUGCGGACACCCCAGAGCUCAGCGCGCCCGCUUCGCGUCUCCGCACUAGGCUCCGCAGUUCCGAGCGGCAUGAGCGCGAUUCGGAAGCGACUACCCGGAGCUCGGGGAUCCGUGGACACUUGCCGCCCUCGGGAGCAGACCCUCAGCUCUUCCAGCCAUUUAUGAAGCCCGAGGCUUGAGUUUUUGUUUUUUGUUUUUCCGCAGCCCGGAGCCCGACCUGAGAAAUUUCAAUGAAAAGGAAAGCCAAUGGAUCGUGGUCUUUGAAAAGCUGCUUAGACAGUCUGUUUCCUGGUCCUCUGAACACGUGGCCGAGCUGUAAGUAACCGCUCCACACUGCGUGAUGAAUUGGAUGGCUUCAGACCCGAGGCAAAAAAAAUAAUUGUCUCAUUUUCGCGCUGAUUUGCUUAACUGGUGGGACCAUGCCAGAAAGGCUAACUGAGACGCUCGUGGACCUCUGGACUCCAUUAAUAAUAUUAUGGAUUACCCUCCCCACUUGUGUGUACAUGGCUCCGAUGAAUCAAGCUCACACGUUAACCACUGGAUCCCCUUUGGGACUAAGCAGGCAGAGUGAAGAACUGCGAAUUUUGAACCGCUCCAAAAGAGGCUGGGUUUGGAAUCAAAUGUUUGUCCUGGAAGAAUUUUCUGGACCCGAACCGAUUCUCGUUGGCCGGUUGCACACAGACCUGGAUCCUGGAAGCAAAAAAAUCAAGUAUAUCCUAUCAGGGGAUGGCGCUGGGACAAUCUUUCAAAUAAAUGAUAUAACUGGAGAUAUCCAUGCUAUAAAAAGACUUGACCGAGAAGAAAAGGCCGAGUAUACGUUAACAGCUCAGGCAGUGGACUGGGAGACAAACAAACCUCUUGAGCCUCCUUCCGAAUUUAUUAUCAAAGUGCAAGACAUCAAUGACAAUGCACCAGAGUUUCUCAAUGGACCUUAUCACGCCACUGUGCCAGAGAUGUCCAUUUUGGGUACAUCUGUCACUAAUGUAACAGCCACCGACGCUGAUGACCCAGUUUAUGGAAACAGUGCGAAGUUGGUUUACAGUAUCUUGGAAGGACAGCCGUAUUUUUCCAUUGAGCCUGAAACAGCUAUUAUCAAAACUGCCCUUCCGAACAUGGACCGAGAAGCCAAGGAAGAGUAUCUGGUCGUAAUUCAAGCCAAAGAUAUGGGAGGACACUCUGGAGGUCUGUCUGGAACCACAACACUUACAGUGACCCUUACUGACGUUAAUGACAAUCCUCCAAAAUUUGCACAGAGUUUGUAUCACUUCUCAGUCCCAGAGGAUGUGGUUCUAGGCACUGCAAUAGGAAGGGUUAAAGCUAAUGAUCAGGAUAUUGGUGAAAAUGCGCAAUCAUCCUAUGACAUCAUUGAUGGAGAUGGAACAGCACUCUUUGAAAUCACUUCUGAUGCCCAGGCCCAGGAUGGUGUUAUAAGACUAAGAAAGCCUCUGGACUUUGAGACCAAAAAAUCCUAUACACUGAAGGUGGAGGCAGCCAAUAUCCACAUCGACCCACGGUUCAGUGGCAGGGGACCCUUUAAGGAUACAGCAACAGUCAAAAUUGUUGUGGAGGAUGCUGAUGAGCCCCCAGUCUUCUCUUCACCAACUUACCUCCUUGAAGUUCAUGAAAAUGCUGCUUUGAACUCUGUGAUUGGCCAAGUGACAGCUCGUGACCCUGAUAUCACUUCAAGUCCAAUAAGGUUUUCCAUCGACCGUCACACUGACUUGGAGAGACAAUUCAACAUCAAUGCAGAUGAUGGGAAGAUAACACUGGCAACCCCACUGGACAGAGAACUAAGUGUCUGGCACAACAUUACCAUCAUUGCUACUGAAAUCAGAAACCACAGCCAGAUAUCUCGAGUGCCUGUUGCUAUUAAAGUGCUGGAUGUCAAUGACAACGCCCCUGAAUUCGCAGCCGAAUAUGAGGCAUUUUUAUGUGAAAAUGGAAAACCCGGCCAAGUCAUUCAAACAGUAAGCGCCAUGGACAAAGAUGAUCCCAAAAAUGGACAUUAUUUCUUGUACAGUCUUCUUCCAGAAAUGGUCAACAACCCAAAUUUCACCAUCAAGAAAAAUGAAGCAAGUUUUCUGAUCACGGGCCAGCCAGACGGAACAUCUUCCCUCCCACGGAACCAUCGAGAAAUCUAUUCUUCUGUUCAGGAUGAAGAAAAGUUCCUCCUUCUUCUGCAGUUAAAUAACUCCCUGAGCAUUUUGGCAAAGCAUAAUGGAUUCAACCGGCAGAAGCAAGAAGUCUACCUUUUACCUAUAGUGAUCAGUGACAGUGGGAAUCCCCCUCUGAGCAGCACCAGUACCUUAACUAUCCGGGUCUGUGGCUGUAGCAAUGAUGGUGUGGUCCAGUCAUGCAAUGUUGAAGCUUAUGUCCUUCCUAUUGGACUCAGUAUGGGAGCCUUAAUUGCCAUACUAGCAUGCAUCAUUUUGCUGCUAGUCAUUGUGGUCCUGUUCGUUACCCUGAGGCGGCAUAAAAAUGAGCCAUUAAUUAUCAAAGACGACGAAGAUGUUCGAGAAAACAUCAUCCGCUACGAUGAUGAAGGAGGCGGCGAGGAGGAUACAGAGGCUUUUGACAUUGCAACUUUGCAAAAUCCAGAUGGAAUUAAUGGAUUUUUACCCCGUAAGGAUAUUAAACCAGAUUUGCAGUUUAUGCCAAGGCAAGGGCUUGCUCCAGUUCCAAAUGGUGUUGAUGUCGAUGAAUUUAUAAAUGUAAGGCUGCAUGAGGCAGAUAAUGACCCCACGGCCCCACCAUAUGACUCCAUUCAGAUUUAUGGCUAUGAAGGCCGAGGGUCUGUGGCUGGCUCCCUCAGCUCCUUGGAGUCCACCACAUCAGACUCAGACCAGAAUUUUGACUACCUCAGUGACUGGGGUCCCCGCUUUAAGAGACUGGGCGAACUCUACUCUGUUGGUGAAAGUGACAAAGAAACCUGACAGUGGAUUAUAUAAACUAUCAAUGGAACUGAGCAUUCUGUAAUAUUCUAGGGUCACUCCCCUUAGAUACAACAAAUGUGGCUAUUUGUUUUAGAGGCAAGUUUAGCACCAAUCAUCUAUAAACUCAACCACAUUUUAAUGUUGAACCAAAAAAAUAAUAAAAAUAAAAAGUAUAUGUUAGGAGGUUAUAAAUCUUGUGGAGUGUGAAUUAAGUAUGUGGAGUGUCUAGAAGUCUUUGAAUAUUUGAUAUUUAACUGACUGCCUCAGUCAGUGAUUGGGAUCCUAGUUAACCAUUAGAGAAUUGCUUAAGAGGAAAAAAAAAACAAAAUUAAAAGGUGCUUUAUUAGAAAAAAAUGGACCUGCAAGGAUUCUGCUGCUGAUAUGUGUCUUCUGCAAGGAUUUUUAUGAGUGCAAAUGGUUUUUUUCCCCUUCACCAAUAAGGAUCCCGUCACAAAUGAUAAAGCAAUACUUUGGUCCGCUGUACGUUAAGACUUUGUGGAGUUUGGGGAGGCCUCCUAGAUUAUAUGGUACGGUGACCACACGUUGUACAUAAAUGUUGGCCCCACUCACCAGAGACUGAAUAGCAUCUUUAAAUAUUGUGUCGAGCCUUAAAAUAUUCACAUGUUCGUAAUCCAUUCCAGGGUGGGGAAUGCCAACUGAAAGGUGGGAGGAGAGAAAUGCCAUUCAAACAGGCUGUGUCUAGAAGCAGAAAUCCUGGUUCCCUCCACCUCAUCUUCUUCCACAAGGACACAGAGAUAAACUCUAUUCCACAGUGGACCACAUCAGAGACAGAUGCUUUUAUUGCUAGCGUGUGAAUUUAUUUGUUUAAUCCUCAAAAUAAAUAUUUUAUUGAUGUCCAAUAAUGCUCUUAUUUAUUAAGGUUGGUAAUCUAUAGAUUAAGGGAUUAUAUGGGGAGAACUAAAUUAUAUCCAUUAAUAAUCCUUUAGAUUGUUUUAUAUUAAUAUCUAUACAAUGAAUGUUUAAUACAUGUACAUUUUGAUGAGCUAAGUAUGGCAGGCAAUAUUAUCAAGGGGAGAGGUAAUAGUCUCUUUAGAGUAGAAAGUGAUAUUGUGACUGAUAAUAACAGGAACAGCAUUUCCCAGAGAAACUUUUGGACUGUUUUCUAUUUUCUUCAUAAUCCUAGUAUUUGGUGUUUUUACUACAAGCACAAACAUCUGAAAGUAUAUUGAUUCCUGUGAAUAUUUAAACUCUAGACUUUUAGAUACUUCCAUAAUGCCCCACCCAAUAAAAAUGCUUCAAGUUGUCCUCCCCCAACGAAUUUAAAGCAGGAACUGAUUUGUACAUAAUUUUACUGCUUAUGUUUUCUUACACUUCUGUCCCUGGUCAUGGUGAUGCGCAGAAUGUGUUAGACUACAAAAACCGAGCAGCGCUAGAAGGUGUGAGCAUAUUUAGUUUGUAAUGCAAACCUGCCAUGUAGGAGUAGAAAAUGUAUGAUACAACUCAAGUAUUACAUGCAGAUCAUUUUACUUUUAUACUUUGCUUUAAUGCAAUAUUGUUUAUUUACUCCAUGUGUUGUAUUCAGAGAAACUCCUGUAUUGUUUCCUACUUUGUGAAAUAUAUUUUUAUAAAUACCUUUGUUGUCAUCAUUUUGUCCAGCUACGUGAAGAUCACUUGACAAAACUAUUGACUCUAACUAAAAUUCCAAAUUGUGUGAUCAAAUCACAGUGUGGGGGUACUUUUAGUUUUAAGAGUAUUUUAAUAAAAAGCAGAGACGAGAAAUGGAUUGCUAUUGAUCCCAUAGCAAGAAAAUAUCAGAGACAUAAAAAUAAAUGUUGUACCUAAAAAACAGUCAAGUAUGUUUUGGGGGCUGCUGGAGGUAGAGGCUAGGGUGGAGUUAGCAGAAAGGGUAAAAGAACAAGAAGACAAUUGUGCAUAGGAAAAGGCUACAAAUACAAGUCCAAACUGUGAAGAAAUGAAGGGACAGAAGAACAGGAUUUGGAGAGAGAACAUAGAUGACACUGCAGAUUUAAAAACCACUCUUUUCGAGAUCCUUAGAGGAUCCAUUAGAACAAGAUCUGUGGGCUUUUGUCAUCUGCUACUUCAGUACCUAGUCUGGGCUAAAGAAAACAUGGAUUGCGCUUGGAGAUGGAGGUCCGUUUCUGGAAGCUGUCUCCAUCAUGACAGAAACAAACUGACUAAAUAUUCAACUAAAGUUUAAUAGUUUUCCAAGGGCUUACCAUCUCCUCAUUGUUCCCUAUUGCCUGAUCACAAUCCUUUUCUAUACUUAUCUCAGUGGCUACUGAAAACUUUUCAUGAAGUCAGAAGGAGUCUACUGUGACUUUUGUAUAUACCAGAUUAACAAGAGUCAUAAAACUGUUAAUAUCAGCUAUAGUAACAAUAAAAAGUCAGUUCCAAGCUCUCACAUUGUAAACUAAGGUGGAAUUGCUUUGUCUUCUCCUUUCACUUCAAACUUAUCUCUCUCUCUCUCUCUUUUUUUUUUUAAGAAAACUGUCAUGCAGAGGCAUAUUUAAGUGAUAUAUCACACUAUUCUUUAAUAGAAAUAUAAAAUCAUCAUCUUCAGUGUUGGUGGACAAAAGAAUAAUAUUCAUCUGAUAGUGCUUGUGGGCAGGAGGCAAUGUAUGCUGAACCAGUUUUCCAAACUUUCCUUUACAUUUUAGUUGAUCCAGGAAGACAUCAUGGAAACAUGAAUUCCAUAUUAACAUUUCCCUCCACUGCCAUCCUAGCAUUUUGUGAUUGAAGUCAAUCUAAAGUCUUGAUAUGCUGGAUAAAGUGGAGCUACGUAUGGUUAUUUUUGAAUAAUAUGGUUUUGCUAUGUGAAAUAUGCUUUUAGAGUAUGCUCCAUUUAAAUUAUAUUCACAGAUCCACAAGCAUACAAUUAAACAAUAACAUUUCUUUUAGCAAAACACUUAUUAGAAUUCCCACAUUCAAAAUAUUACAAUGGAGAUCAAAAAUAUUUUAUUGAGAUUUAAGGAUUCCUUCCUUAACUUUUCAAGCAAUGCAUUUUAACUUUAUUAUCAUUUCAUAUUUAUGAAUUUCUUUUGUGCUAGCAAUACUGACACAUCAAAAGAAUCUUCACACGUGUAUGUUUAUUUUUCAAGUACAAUAUUGCCUCAUUUGACACCCCUUUUGUUGAGUCCAUGGUCUUUAUGUGUCCUAAGAAGCAGUCUCUUUUACUGAUUGCCCAAGAAUUCUGUGCCAAAUAAUAUGUUGAAACAAAGUUAGUCCCUCUCUGCUUAUUCUACUGCAGGGAUCUUGUCUGAGGAACUGAGGUAUCCCUGCAUGGCUGGAGGCCACACGGGAUCAACUCUUGCCUUUACUUUCCCUGUUAUAUGAUCAAACAACUUUUGAAUCUCCAUACAAACAUAUUACCAAAUAUUAGUAAGCCAUUCCUAAUAAAAUUCUCACCAUGAGUAUAGUCAAUAUAUUUUUAAAAUGGUUUAUGAUAAUAUGGCUGAAGUACGCUAUAAAUUAUAUUCAUGUGUUACCUUUCCCACACCAAAUUGUGCUAUGAUACAAACUUUACAGUAAAAAUGUUUUGUAUCACAAAAUUUGGGGUGGUGGUGGCAAGUUUAUGUGUGUAUGUAACGUGAAAGAAAACUUGGAUUCAUCAGUAUCCCCAGUGAGGCAAGAAUCCUCAGAAAGAGACAAAUAAGUCUUUUGAGAGUUUGCUUAAUCAUAUGCUUAAAGUAAGACAAGUCUCUGCAUGAGACUUAGAAAUCUCCUAGGAGCAGCCGACUCCACACUGAGACUCCACAGAGAGCUGAGCUAUCUGUAUUUUGGAGAAGGGAAGCGGGUGCUGAGAGCUAAGUAGCCAAUUACGUUUUAUAGCCACAUAAGGACUGGAGGCAAGUAGUCCUUUGCAACAUGUUGUAUUAUGCGAUCGUUGGCUUUGCAGGGAAUCUCACAAAUGUAUAACCUUCUGAUUGCCUUUUUGAUUGAAAGUUCCAUCUGAGAUCAAGGCAGUGCAACCAGUAAUAAGAUUUCAAAAAAUCCCAUCACUGGCACUGUUGGAAAGGUUGAGCGUGCCUGAAAUCCCAUCACUGUCAGUCAAAGAGAUAAGGUAACAGUGGGCAUCACUAUAAAAGCUGCAUGAAUGCACAAUUUAAACAUGAACAUCAACACAGAAAAGAAUGGACACAUAUUUGUAUGAAUGUCCAUAUAGACACAUAGAUACUCAUGUGUAUGAAUGCAUACCAUAAGCGUACACACGCAAACACACACACACGAAUAAGUUACUUAGGAUGAUUUAUACUAAUGUGUUUCAUUUCAAUAAUAAUACGCUUCCAUGUCACAGUCUCACACACUCCAAAAAAAUUUGAAAUGAUGGUUCUUUGUUUUUCUGACUCUAACCUUGAAGUUGAAAGAAAUCUGUCUCGGGGUAAAGGAUUUAAAUGUGAGUUUUGUUUCUGAACAUAAUAAUAGCUCAUAAAGCCUGGGAUUAGAAUUAAAUGCAUCUCACUGAGAAGCUGGAUUUGGAUGCUUUUGUAUCAUUGUAUUUUUGUGGAGAUAAUAAUUGUAGAAUAUAUUUUGUAGGAAAUAAUUUUCUCUGUUUACUUUUCUUUGAUUCCUACUCAGUUUUCUUUGCUAAACAAAGUCCUUUGCAUUGUUGCUCAGAUGGCCAAAAAUGAAUAAAAUGUUUCCUAUCAUUGUUGCUCUUGUUUAUGAGAAUUAUGAUGUUUUCAUUGUCCAUCAUUAAAGGAGAUAUUUAUUUUGAUCAUUUUCUGUGUAGUUGACACACAAUUAUUGAUCAGAGUAUAUCCUUAUUAUUACUGUAUUCCAUACAACUAUUCUGGAUGCCUUCCAUAAUUACAGAACACAUA